AUGCUGAGUGGCUCCGGCAACUACUGUGGUUUAAGGUCGUUAGUCAUCCGCUGCUACUGCAGGAGACACGGGAGCGCUGAGCCAGAGCUCUUCGUGCAACCCUCUUGGUCCUCCCAGGCCAGCAGGAUGAGGAGGUCUAGGCAAACAUUCCUUAAUUUAUUCUGCAUCCUCUGGCUCCCACUUCUGCUGAAGGCUGUCUCUUCCUCCCCUCUGCCCCAUGGAAACGACCCACCACCCGCUUCGCUCCCCUCCGGGCUGUACAAAGGACACACCUGUGUUGGAUGCGUCCUUGUGGUCUCUGUAAUUGAACAGCUUGCACAGUGGCACAACAGUACAGUAAAAGCAGCCAUGGAGAGACUGUGCAACUACAUACCUGAAAAACUGCAAGGUUUCUGUUACAUACUUGCUGAACUUUACGGACCACACAUAGCUGAACUCAUAGACAGGGAAAUGAAUGCCGAUGUGGUCUGCCACUCCUUGAAGCUGUGUAAAGAGGAUCCAGGCCAACCACUUUGUCAUCUCUACUCUCCUCCAAAGGUGGGGCUGAGUACUGCAAUAAGGAAAGCAAAGAGGAUUAUGAAGACUGCCAAGGAUCUGAAAAGCUUCACGGGCUUCUCAAGUUUAUGUGCAUUUCCUCUUCUGGAUAACCUGUGUGAGAAGAUUAAAUAUGUUAUAAGAAAUAAACUGCCUUUUGAAGAUUUUGAUGGAGAUAAAUUUAGUACUUUCCCGACCUUGAGGGGCUAUCACUGGCGAGGCAGAGACUGCAACGACAAAAACACCACCGUGUACCCUGGCAGACGUCCUGAUAAUUGGGAUGUGAAAAGUGACUCUAACUGCAAUGGCAUAUGGGGCGUGGAUCCAAAAGAUGGAAUUCCCUACGAGGAGAAAUUCUGCAAAGGUGCGGACUCACAGGGGGUUGUGCUGUUGGGAGACUCGGCUGGUGCUCACUUCCACAUCCCUCCUGAGUGGAUGACCGUCACGCAGAUGUCAGCGAAAUCAUUUGCUAAUCUCCCAAUGGCUUUCACCGAUGAGCUUGACUGGCCCCAGUUCUCAGAGAUCACUGGAUUUCUGAACUCCACCAUCGGAGGCUGGACGGACUCUCUUUAUCUACGUUUACGCAGGAGAAAUCGCUGUAAUCACAGAGACUUACAGAACAUUUCCCAAAAUGGUGGUUCUUCAGGAAACCUCCUCUAUUUAAUAAAAAGCUUGGCCAGAAACCAGCUGUUGGACAAUCCAGCCAUAGUUAUCUAUGCUACAAUUGGGAAUGAUGUCUGCAAUGGGAAACGCGACACACUGGCUCACAUGACUACACCCAAGGAAAUGCUCUCCAACGUGGUCCAAGCUCUGCGAUACCUGGACUCCCAUCUUCCAAAUGGCAGCCACGUGAUUUUAACAGGCUUGGUAGAUGGUCGCUUUCUCUGGGAUACCCUGCAUGACAGAUACCACCCUUUAGGGCAGCUGAACAGGGACGUCACGUACAGUCAGCUCUAUUCUUUCCUUGACUGCCUCCAGGUGAGCCCCUGCAGCGGCUGGCUGACCCCCAACGAGACCCUCAGGAACUUGACCUCGGAGAGAGCUUUACAACUUUCUAAUGUCCUGAAAGAAAUAGCAAGAUCUGAGAAAUUUGCCAACUUUGAUAUUUUCUACAUGGAUUUCCCACUGAGACAAACGGCCGAGGAGUGGCACAAGAUGGGAGGCGAGCCCUGGCAGCUGAUCGAACCAGUCGAUGGUUUCCACCCCAGCCAGAUUGCUGCAGCCCUUGGAACAAGCAUUACCUGGCAGAAGGCGCUACAUGAAUGGCCUCAAGUGCUUGGAAAGGAGAAUCCAUUCAACGACCAGAUUGCAGCUAUAUUCAAAGAUCAAGGCGGACACUGA